UACCUUUUGUACCAAUGUAUACCCGGCGUUGUCUAUGGGAUUUUGAAGUACAGCUAUUGGUUGACGUGAUCUGAGUAUCAUCACUGUUGGUUUAAAUUUCACCAACAAUCAUACAGAAUGUCACGACAAGGGAAAGUCCCAUUGCCAACAACUGUAGGCAAUGCUGCAGUUCCUGGCCCAGUAGCUCAGCAAGCUCAACAAUACUUGGAACAAAAUAUCAUAGCAUGGAUGCAACCUAAACCGCAGGGACAGCAAAUCUUAUCCUCCACUUUAUCAUCAUUCGUCACCAGUGGGCCCUCUGGUGCUCAGACAGCUAUGAGUCAAAAGGCCAUCCAGGAACAUAAUUUAAUGCAGACUCACGGAGGUUCAAAGCACCAGUUGUCUAUGAUGAGUCCAUACUCACCCAUUGGUGGUGCAAGCAGCGGUCCUAGUGUUGCUGGAACUUCUUGCAUGGGCAUGCCUCCAAGCUGUUCCUCCAUUCCACAUUCACUGUCUUUCUCUGGUUAUUCGCAUCAUUCCUUGAUUCAAGGGACUUCGUUCAGCUCGCCUUGUCCAAGUACUUUUGGGACUGCUCAGCCAUCAGCAGCGGCUUCAUUUUUCGCCAGGUAA